UGUUAUGAAACGUUUGCAAACUUUUCGAUUUCUGCAUGGAUUUUACAUACAAAAUAUUAUGUGUAUAACUUAAUUUUACUCUUUCAUGAAUUAUAUUUAUUCAAAGUAAAUACAAAAUGUCUUCUAAGUCAUCUAUUUCAUUAGGGAGUUUCUUUGUUUUUAAUUCAUCGUAUUGCCGUCAUGAAAACGAUGAGAAAAAUAAAAUAUUAUACUAUUAUCCUGCUGAAGUUGAUUUGAAUUCUAAAGUGAGAUCAGUAGGCCUUUGUGAAGCUGUUAUAAAAUUUACAAGUACAUUUGGGACAUCGCCAUGUGAAGCUUUGCAUACUCAAAAAACCAAACAAGUGUUUUUAGAACCAGAACCUGGAUUUUGGAUGGUGAUGACAUUGAAUGUACCAUGUCAACAAAAAAGUAGAGAUGGUCAGGUCUAUAUGGAAUAUUUCACAGAUGAAAUACAAGACCAUGUUUAUCAAUCUCUGUUGUUAAAAUCAUACAGAAUGUUUACGCUAAUGCAUGGGACUUUUAGUAGUAUAGUUGGUGAAGAGAAAGAAAAUGUAAUUGCUUUGAGGAAGAAGUUAAAUGAGUUUUAUGAAAAUUAUCUAAUGAAUUUAAAGUCCAGUGAUGCUGAUCUUCUGGAUAUUUUUCAAGGGAUCCAUUUUUUACCACUUGAACGCUAUUCUUUUCUCAAAAUACUUUGUUUCAUUAAUCAAGUUGAAGAAAAAUUUAGGUGUGUCAAGUAUUCAGUAUUCCUAUACAAUGAUCAGUUAGUAUGGAGUGGUUUGGAGCCAGAAGACACCCAAAUACUCUAUCAACACCUCUCUUUAGAACUGAUACCAUCUUUUAUUGACUCCGAGGUGAAAGGUGGUGUCUUUUCUCCUUCUAGAACGAGUCCCUUUGGCUCUGGAUCUCAUUUUGGAAGAUUUAUGACUGGGCCAAAAUCAGUGGAGGAUCUGUCUGGUCUACAAAAUAUUCCUAAGAUAUUUUUAAGUAAUGGCAAAAUUUGCUGUUAUCUUAUCACCUACAGAGCUCUUAAUGCUACUGUUUGUCUUCUAGUAGAAGAUACUUUUGAAUUAAAAAUUGAACUUUUCAAAAGUUUGGAUGCAGAAUUGGGUAAUCAGUUAUCUAAUUUGGCUUCUGAAGUCGGAGAGCAAUAUUCAAAAACAAUUUCCAUUUUAAAUGCAGAACAGCAGUCAAAAUUCAUGUACAUGUACUUCAACCACAUGAAUUUAGCCGAGAAAACUACUAUGCAUGCUGAUAUGAAAAGUACUGGUCAUGCCCUGAUUCCUAGUGAUAUUAUGAAACUUUUUGGGGAUUUUUAUACUGACUUGUCAAAAAUGAAAGAUUUUGGGGAAAUUAUUGGGAAGACUCUCAGUGAUUGUUGGGUUGUUGGAAAGCUAUCUGAUGAACGAGAAUUGUAUGUGAUAUUACAGCAGAAAAAUGCUAACAUUGUUGAUGUCAAUGAUGAACUUAAGAAAUUGAGUGCUUCAUAUUUUCAAAGUAUUUUCAUCAUGGACUAAUGAACAAAUUAAUGUGAUCUUUAUUGAUUGUGAUAUUUUAUCCUAUGUGAAAUUUAUUUAUGAUUAUAUUAUUAUUUAUGUCAUAUAUUUUGUUUCAUACUCUUCAGUAUAUGUUAUGCAAGAAUCUUCUGUAUUAUUAUUAUAUUUAAGUAUCU